UGCAAAAACCCCACAUACACACAGAGAGAAUUACCAGUGGCAACAAGCUUCCGGUUCCGGAUGGAGGCGGUGGUGAGCGUGUCCACCGGUGCGCUGAACACCCUCCUCCCCAAGCUCGCCGACCUCCUCCUCCUCGUCGCCGGCGAGCAGCACAGCAGCAGGCGCGCCGUCAAGGACGGCGUCGAGCACCUCGAGAGCGAGCUGACCAGCAUGCGCGCCGCCCUCGACAAGGUGUCGGCGGCGCCGCCCGACCAGCUCGACGGGCAGGUCAGGCUCUGGGCGAGGGACAUCCGCGACAUGUCCUACGACAUCGAGGACGCCAUCGACACCUACCUGCUCCGCGAGGCCGCCGCCGCCCCACGACGUCCGUGCUGCAUCGGCUUCGCCCAUGGCCAUGGCCGAAGCCGGCGGCGCGCCGCCAUCGUCGUGGAGAUCGAGCGCAUCAAGAAGGAGGUGGAGGAGGUGAGCAGGCGCCGGGAAAGGUACAGGAUCGACGACCAUGUCGUCGUCGUCGUCGACGACGCUCCGGUGGACCUCCGGCUGCCGGCGCUCUACACGAACGCCGCCAGCCUCGUCGGCGUCGACGCCUCAGUGGAGGAAGUGAUCAAGCUGUUAUCCAUGGAAGGAGAUCAAGGUGCAGUGAUGGUGAGGCGAAAGCUCAAGCUGGUCGCCAUUGUUGGGCCAGGAGGAAUCGGCAAGACAACGCUCGCCAACCUUGUGUAUCAGAAGCUCCAUGGCCAAUUCGAGUGCCAAGCUUUCGUCUCGGUUUCUCGAAAGCCAAACAUCAAGGUUGUUCUUAGCAGCAUACUCUGUCAAGUGAGCCAACUCAAGUAUGAAAAUUUCAGUUCUUGGGGUGAGAAGGAAAUCAUCGACAAAAUCAGGGAUAUUCUCAAGGAUAUCAGGUACUUCAUUAUUAUUGAUGAUAUAUGGGAUAAACCAACAUGGCAACUUCUAAAAUGUGUUCUCAUCGACAAUGAUCAUGGUAGCAAAAUAAUCACCACUACUCGCAACAUGGAUGUUGCAAAGUUGUGUUGCUAUUCUGAUGAUGUUGAUGGUACCAUACAAAUACAACAGCCUCUUUCAGUUGCUGACUCUGAAAAACUACUAUAUCACAAAGUAUUCCAUAAUGAAAGAUGCCCUCCUCAGCUUCAGGGCAUAUCUCAGAAAAUUUUGAAAAGAUGUGGUGGCUUACCAUUAGCUAUAAUUACUAUUGCUAGCUUAUUUGCAAAUAGGCAGACACAAACUGAGGACCACUGGAACUCGGUAUGCAGUUCUUUCCAUACCGGACUUGAAAGUAAUACUGAUGUGAAGGACAUGCGCUGGAUAAUAUCUCUUAGUUAUUGUGAUAUGCCUUCUCCUCUUAAAACUUGUUUUAUGUAUCUAAGUAUAUUUCCAGAGGAUUAUAUCAUCGAUAGAGAUGACCUAAUAUGGAGAUGGAUAGCUGAAGAUUUUAUCCAGCCAAGACAAGGUACAAGUCUAUAUGAAAAAGGAGAGAGUUACUUUGAUGAACUCAUUAAUAGAAACUUGAUCCAACCGAUAUGCAUUGAUGUGCAUGCUGAGGCGCAAGCUUGUCGUGUGCAUGAUACCAUACUGGAAUUUAUCGCCGGCUUAUCAAUUGAAGAAAAUUUUGUUGCCAUUUUGAAUGGUCAGUGUUCGGUGUCUGAUCUACCGAAAAGGAUCUACCGGUUAUCCCUACAAAACAGCAAGGAUGAUAUUACAAUACCUGAUGCAACCGAGAGAUUUUCCCAUGUGAGGUCACUUUGGCAAGGUAUUGAUUUGAAGAUGCCCCUUUCGGGCUUUCGAGUUUUGCGUGUCUUGGAUUUAGGAGAUUGCAGCAGUCAAAAUAUUGAUAAUAUAGAUAAUUUGGUUCACCUGAGGUAUCUAAGGUUGCGUGGUACACAUUAUAAUAAGCUUCCAAAAGAAAUUGGAAACCUAAGAUUUUUGCAAACAUUAGAUAUUAAGCAGACAAGAAUAAAAGAAUUGCCAUCAUCUGUUGUACAUCUUACACAACUUAUGCGUCUUAUGGUUGACACAUGGACAAAGUUGCCAAACGGGAUUGGGAAUAUGGAAUGUCUAGAACAUCUGUCAGAGAUUGAUACCAGCAUGUAUCCAAGUCUUAUGAAAGAGCUAAGCGAUCUACCCAAACUAAGGGUUCUAGAACUUUUGUUAAGUACAUGGGAGAAGAGCAAAGAGAAACCAUUUCUUGAUUGUUUUAGUUGUAUGAAGAAACUUGAAAGUCUCCAUAUUUUUGCUCCACAUAUAUCCCUGGAUUUCAUGUUGAAUGUAGAUUGGACCCUUCAAGAACUCAAAAAAUUUACAGUUUGUAUUUGCCCAAAAAGCGAAGAUAUAUUCAACCUCAGCCCGUUGUCUGUGUGGGAAGAGUUUAGCCCACUCUCUACACUGCCAAAGUGGAUCAAUUCAUCACUCACCAAUCUUUCAUACUUAUCAAUCAUUGUCAAGAUAUUGCGGCAAGAAGAUCUUGGAGUUCUUGGGGACUUGCCUGCCCUUUGUUCUCUACAUUUGCAAGUGAUAGAUGUUGCAGAUGAAAUGUUGGUUAUAUUAAGUCAUAGUGGAGGUAAUGGUCAUGCAAGAUCAGCAUUUCAAUGUCUAUCAAACUUCAACUUUACAAGUCCUGCUAUGGUACUAGCCUUUAGACAUGGAGCCAUGCAGAGGCUUCAAAUACUUUCAUUUCGUUUUCAACUUAAGAAGACAAAAGUUUUCCAUUGUGAUUUUGACCUGGGCUUGGAAAAUCUCACCUCCCUUAAGACUGUGCAUUUUGGGGUUGACUGUCGUUACGCUAGGCUUUGGGAGGUCCAAACUGCAGAGGCUGCGCUAAGGAAUGCAACUAGCUUGAAUCUCAACUGCCCAACACUUGACUUGAGCAAACAUUUUGAAAGAUUGAUGUAUUGGGAUGGAAUGGAAGAGAUCCCUGAUCUAAAAAUAUUCAAAGAAGAAAAUGCUGGUCUUGCCAAGAUUGGACCAUGGGGUGGAAAUAGAGGGAGGCUUUAUGAUAUUCAGGUGGCACCUCACCAUCUAGAAAGCAUCAAAGUUUGCAGUGACAUGGCUGCAAUACAUUCAUUUGAAUUUACAUAUAGCGACCAUAAUGGGAAGAAGCACACUGCAGGUCCGUGGGGAGGAUAUGGUGGUAAUAAUGUUCAUAUGAUUCAACUUGGCCCUUCAGAGUUUCUUGUGGAGGUUUCUGGAACAUUUGGUCGAUUUCGUGCAGCGCUCGAUAUCAUAACAUCACUUACAUUUGUUACAAAUGCUCAGAGCUAUGGACCUUAUGGACAAAGAGAGGGAACUCCUUUCCACAUUUCAGUACAGAGCAGGGGAUGCAUUGUUGGAUUCUUUGGUCGUGCUGGGUGGUAUGUUGAUGCAAUUGGCAUCUAUGUGAAGCCUAAGCUGCAAAAAGUGAAAGACAAGGCCAAGUUUGGGCAUGCCAAGAUUGGUCCAUGUGGUGGAAAUGGAGGGAAGGCUCAUGAUAUCAUGGUGCUUCCCCCAUCGUUUGGAAAAUGUGACAAUUUGCAGCGACAUUGUGAUACACUCACUCGCAUUUUCCUACAGAAACACAACAUAUUUCGCAAGCCAUUCAUUAUAGUUUGUUUUUUUGUUGUUUUCUUACAGAUUCAAUUUGGUCCAUCAGAAUUGCUAACAACAGUAUCUGGAACAUUUGGGUCAUAUAAUACAUCAUAUGAUGUUAUAACAUCUAUUACGCUGGUCACCAAUAUUGGCUGCUAUGGACCCUUUGGUAAAGAGAAAGGGAUAUCUUUCAACUUUCCAAUCCAGGGCAAUGGUAGCAUUGUUGGCUUCUUUGGACAUGCGGAGCUUUAUAUUGAUGCAAUAGGCGUCUAUGUGAACCCUUGGGUUGGGAUAUGGAAACAAGAAGAAAAGGAGGGAAUCAUCAAGAUUGGAUCAUUUGGCCGGGGAGGAGGGUGCCGUUGUGACAUCAAAGUCACACCACAACAUUUGGAAAGCAUCACAAUUUCAAGUAAAAUUGUUAUAAAUUCACUUACAUUUUCAUACAGAAGCCACGAUGGACUGCAGUACAUUUUAGGUCCAUGGGGCGGUGGUGGUGAGAACAAUUAUAAGAUCAAUCUUGGUCCUUCAGAAUUCAUAACUAAAGUUCAUGGAACAUUUGGUCCAUUUGGUGAAUUCCCCAUUGUUAUAACUUCACUUACCUUUAUCAAUAAUGCUGGUCAUCAGUAUGGACCUUUCGGCCAAGGAGGAGGGACUCCUUUCCAUGCACCAAUAUCAGGUAAUGGCAGCAUUGUUGGCUUCUUUGGACAUCAAGGGGCAUGUCUUGAAGCAAUUGGUUUCUACUUCCGCCCGUCAUGACUACAGUUUGUUCAACGUUGAGCAUCACGGCCUGCAUAUACUCCCUCCGUUUCGAAAUAUUUGACACCGUUGACUUUUUAGCACAUGUUUGACCAUUCGUCUUAUUCAAAAUCUUUUGUGAAAUAUGUAAAAUUAUAUGCCUACAUAAAAAUAUAUUUA